UUGGUAAAUUAUUCGAUAUGUAAAAUAUAUUUAGCAGUAGCUAACCAAACAUUAAUGUGAACGUGUGAAAUAUUCGGUGUGUGAAUUUAAUUGAUUUUUAUUUAAUAGAAUUAAAAUAUAAAAUAAUAAUAAUGCCUGCCAAUAACUGCGCUGAUACAGCAUUCCUCUGAUAUAGAAAGUGCGAUGAGCACUUCCUCUUCGGCCUCUUCGAAUGUAAACAAAAUUGCUCUAAUAAUGUCUUCAACUUGAAAUGACAAAAUAAUAUUAAUUGCCUCAGAAAUAACUUAACAAAUGUGAACAAUAGAAAAUAACAGCAUUGAGAAAUGGUCAAAUAAAAUACAAAUUAGACAUUCAACGGGAAUUCGUUACGUACAGAGAUCGGCACUGGUUGUGCGGGCUAUAGAGAAGUGGCAGAAACAAUUAUAGAAAUUUAUAUAUUCUCUAAAAGCCCUAGCCAAGCAUACACAUAAGUGAUUGUAAAAUAAUAAAAAAUAACAACAAAAUCGAAGAAAAAAAAUAUUAACAAGAAGAACGCAUGUUGCAAUUUCUAUUCAUCAACGCCGAGUGGUCAACACGCUUGACAGAGCCACACAACCGCACAGCAACGCUAAAUUAAUUAAACAAUAAACAAAAUAAAUUCUUAACAAAUCAGGCAACAACACAAAACCAAUACGAAGGGUUCUGUGGUUCUGUGCCAGCAGCAACAGCAACAGCAACAAUAUUGUCAACGCGUAAAUUGUUGUCAAUUAGAACAGCUGCAGUUGAGGAUUCUUCUCACUCUCGAACGAUUGCUCAUGACAACUUGACUUGAGAACAAACUGCAGUAGAGCAGUAUGGUGCAUAUGAUUCAGUGCAAUUAUUAACAAUAUUUUAUGCAUAACAAAUUUGUUGCUUAAUUCAAAUGAAGUGUGCGAAAACGUUAACAACAUUUUCACCAACAGCAAUAAUAGUCGAUCUUGUGUGGACUACACCCCAUAAAACAUACCAAAGAUACAGGAAUUCUAAAACAGCUGAUAGCAGAUGACGAACAAACGCACCGUGGUUAUCGUUGUCGCUCUGUUGAGCCUCGUUGCCAUAUUCAUAGGCGCUAAUCUCUAUUUUAUGUACUAUCUAAAUACAGACGAUGUGCCUCUAUCAAGUACACGUGCUUUGGAGAAUAUACUAAGACAUAAGAUACGUCACCUCAGUCCGGCGUAUUUCAACCGUAAUCCACGUUUUUUUAUGUAUAGAAAUAAAUUGCUUAAGAACUAUAAGCCAGCACCAUACGAAAAUGCUACUGUCUUAUGGGAUAUCGCAAAUUGGUGGCCACGUGAAAAUGAAAUUUAUCCCUUAUAUGAUUCAUCUAUGGGUCAGCUAUUGCAAACACUACACCUCGAACCGAUUACCAAGGUGACAAAUUUGGCAAAAGGCACACAACUAAAACUACUCGUAAAAUUAGCUAAUCAACAGAAGGUUAUUUUUAAACCCCAAUGGUAUGAACGUGGUGAAAUCAUUGAAGGACCCGUUUAUUCUGGUAAAGAUCGUCACGCUGCUGAGGUUUAUGCUUUUUAUUUGGGUGCAGUAUUGGAUUUUCGUUGGACACCCAUUGUUGUGGGACGUGUGAUUAAUUUGAAAACUGAUAUCUAUAAUAACGGUGAUAAUGAGUUGCAAAAUACUAUGACAAUCACAACAUCUGAUAAUGGUACUGAACAUUAUUGCCUAUUUGGUAAAUGUCACUAUUGUAAUGAGGACGAGACUGUUUGUGGUGAUGAGCAUAAUAAUAUCGAAGGAGUUUUAAUUUUUAUUAUUCCCGGUUCGUUAAGCAAACGUCGCUCACCCUGGCAACGUACAUAUAAAGAUGAUAAAAGAGCACCUUGGGAGGAUGAUAUGAAUUAUUGCAAACCCCUUAAGACUAAAAUGGAAACUAUACGACUUCUUGAUCUUAUCGAUGUUGCUAUAUUUGAUUAUCUGAUACAAAAUGGCGAUCGUCACCACUAUGAGACACGAGAAGAACGCGUUGUACUAGUCGAUAAUGGUAAAGCAUUUGGCAACCCUAACAAAGAUCACUUAGACAUUUUGGCGCCUCUAUACCAAUGUUGUUUAUUACGAAAAGAAACUUGGGAUCGCUUGCAAGUAUUUUCGGGUGGUGUACUAACCGAAAUUAUUGAUCGUCUGUCAAAGAAUGAUCCCUUAUAUCCACUUAUUACGGAUAAGCACAAACAAGGCGUAGAGAGACGACUACUAGUCGUUUAUGCUGUGGUAGAGUAUUGUAUGGAUAAGGAAGGUGAUAAGAUAUUUAAAAAUUUAUAGUUAUAGAUAAAAAGGUUAUAGGAAAUAAAAAAUUUU